AUGAGCGGCGUAGAUUUCGAGAAACACUUCGAGAAACAUGUGAAAGAGAUAGCCAAACAGGAAAAUGUAUCAUGGUCCAAGAUCCAUAAUGCAGUCUUCCUUGUUGAGGCUCUAAGAGAGUUCUACAGCGACCAUUGUCUACUUGCAAAAGAGACGGAGAUCAAAAAGUUCAUGAAAUUCAUCAAGCACGGGCUCAACUUUUCUUUCCGAGACCAUUUCGAUUCUGGUGCGGGCCUUUCCGACAGUAUUUCCUCCUCUUCGACCGAAGGCACAUCGUCGCACUCCGGACGUUCAGAACCAGAGGAUGUCUUGGUCCAAGUUGGCCAGGCCUUCGACGACAGUGAUGCGCUCCAACAGCCUCCUGGUCCUUUCUUAUCGUUCAGAGAUGCCGUCGCAACGGCUCCGCCGCGGUCUCCCCUCGAGACGCUAAAGCAAUCUCCCUGGAAGGCCUGUCGAGUACUUUCUUGGAAAAGGAACAACUUAGUUCCCGCCGUUUUCGCCGAGGAUCGCUCCACAUCAUCCUGGGUCUCUAGUAAAUAUCUGACAAACUUCGUGGAGGACACUCCAAAUAUAUGGGGUAAAUCAGGGCUCCGAGAGGACGUUGGGCGGCUCAAUCUGAUGUCCAGAGGCCUUGUCAACAUCUGGAUCCAACCGGUCGACUGCUGUACAGGACUUUGGUUGACCUUCAACGUCACGGAUGACCCCAAAUGCUGCGACUUGUUGAUUGGUCGUGAAGCAGGUUUGCAAUUGCAGACCGCGAGAAAUGCUGCUGCGUCGCACUAUGCAGCUCAAGACUAUCUCCCAGUGUCGGGUAAAUGCUUCUCACUGUCCAUCUUCUUCCGAGACUAA